AUGCUGCAGAGUUUGAUCGGGAAUCCGGAAUUUCCUGGAGGUCAUCAAAUUUCGAUCAUUCAUGUGCUCUGUGACUCCUCCAACGUAAUCACUAGUUUCACGCCCGCGUCAAUUGUCACGUUGUCUUCACAAUUCACACCGUCAUCCCAAUUCCCAGAUUCAGCGGUGUCUCCCCGUACCCACGGCGCAUCUGACGAGACCUACGAAGUUUACGACCCUCCAACGCUUACGACCUCUUCGCGGCAACGCCAGCAGCAGGCUGCUUACGACUCUGUCCCUGAUUCUUCCCGUUACGACCCACCGCGCCCGGCAAGUGCUCACGGAAGCACUCGUUCAUUGCGGCGAACCUCUCGUCUGUCUCACCACCGACCUGGCUCGGUAGAUGUUUCGGGACGCCCGGCUCGUAUAGAAGAAUCCAUUCCUGUAUUGGUGCAACCUGCUUCGGAGCAUACCGUUGGAAUCGCCGGUUUACGUCCGGCACUUUCGGAAGCGCAAACUGAAGAGGACGACGAGGACGACUAUUCAGUACUCGGGAACCCUAACCAGCUCCUCGGUCGCUCAUACUGGCCCCGUAGAUCCACCCGCGUCUCACCGACCACAGCGUCCGCAAUCCUUUGGGCGCUAGAAGAGGCCAUUCGGAAACCGGUUCCUUUCACGCCAGAUUGGGAGGAAGUGAAUGCUUCCAUGUCUGAGUUGGCAGGUAUCCCUGGUUCAACAGGGCUCGGAGGAAAUGGGCGGACUCAAAAUGGAGCUUCGCGGGCCGCACAGGGCCCUGUACCCGUGAAUCCUCACGCAUCCAGUGGGGUCAGGACCCCGACCGAUAUUAUGCGACAACGCCGAGAUCGGGAGGCCCGCAAAAGGGCAGAACAGGAGGCCAAGGAUAAAGAGCAGGAAGAAGCUCAGCAGGAAGCACGGGACAAGACGCAAGCCCCGCCUUAUCCUGCUGGCGUUGCCGGAGAUAGGACUUCGCAGCGGAGAGCAGCGGCUCCCCGAGCUGCCGCAGGUCCAGAAAUCAAACCAGACCCGCGCGGUUCAAUGCCGACCGGUCAACAGCCUCCUGGGCUCUCGUCGACUAUUCGACACCCUACGACACAAUCCCAGAUCCCAGGAUCGCAGCCCCAACAGGCCUCUGGGCCCCAGCCACAAGUGCCUCUCCAGGCUGCUCCAGGCUUGUCAAAACCACAAGCUCAGGAUCCCCAAGUGAGCCAGCCUGGUGCUUCCCAGCCGCAGCAGCAAGCACGUCGUGUUGCCUUUCCUCACGCAUUCGAACGCUGGGAAACCCUAUCUUCUCACUGGGAAGGACUUACCGGCUACUGGAUCCGAAAGCUUGAACAGAAUAAUGAAGCUAUGGAACGUGACCCGGUCAGCCAGCAGAUGGCCCGUCAGGUCACCGAUCUCUCUGCGGCUGGCGCGAACCUAUUCCAUGCCGUCGUCGAAUUGCAGCGAUUGCGAGCAUCAUCCGAGCGGAAAUUCCAGCGGUGGUUCUUCGACACGCGCUCGGAACAAGAACGGUCGAAGGAAGUCCAGGCUGACUUGGAGCGACAGCUGAGGACCGAGCGACAAGCUCGCGCCGAGGCGUUGACUUCAUCGCAAAAGGCCGAGAGCGACAAACUCCGGGCCGAGGACUUGCUCAAAGAAAUGCGCCGCGAGCUUCAAAUAUCGAAGGAGGAGGCGCGUCGGGCCUGGGAAGAGCUCGGUCGCCGCGAACAAGAAGAAAGAGAUCGAACCAAUUCGCUUCGAAGUGGGGAGCCUACGCUGGUCGGCGGUGUCCAAGUUGUGCCUAUGAUCCAGGGUCUGCCCAACCGUCAGACUUCCGUUAACCGCCCUCAAACUCGAGAAAGCCCCUACGCCGGUGGCGAGGGUAACGGAAAAGCUAGUUACUGCGACGAAACCCCUGGCUCGCCCACGGGGACCGAUCCUUUCACAGAAGGGCGCAGGGCUCACCAGGAGUCGGGAGUGCCCCAUUCCGGCCCUUCACGCCCUCCAGCUACUACGGCCGCAGAUGCGCCGGGGCAGUACGCCGGCCACUACUAUGACCAGGGAGGCGCCUACCAAGCCCGUCCCUCUUCCGAGAACGAUGAUCGCUCCUAUGUCGCUAGUAGUGAGCCUGGCGAAGAGGAGUACGGGGCUUAUCGGCGCAAUCCUCAGGGUCAGACGGUCGUUUACCCCCGGCCCAUGUCGGAGGAGAGCGACGAAUAUGAACAGGGAUCAAUGGACAGCGGCGAAGGCGGGUAUAUGACAAGUACCAUGCCUCCAACUUCAGGGGCGAUGUAUGCUCCUAGCUAUGGUCAGGGCGGCUCCGUGGAUUAUAGCGGCUCGGGCUGGGGCUCAGGGUGGGAUUCGGUGACUCCUCGCCAUCGUCACCCGACGCGUCUCAGUGAUGUCCUUGAAGAGGAAGAGCCUCGGACAACUCCCAGCCGCGCCAGUCGUGCUAGCCAAGCCAGCAGGAGUGUACAUUGAUCAGUUUAGCAUGGCAAUUUGGAUGUCGUACAUACAGCAUACGGAUUGUUGCGGGAAAAGUACAAUUUGUCUCUACACCAUCUCCUUUUGUGUUUCUUCUUUUAUCUCAUUAUUCCCCAUUGCGCUCUAGUCGCCAUGACGAUAGCAUUGCCUGGUAUUUGUUCUUGCU